AUGAAUGGUGAAUCCGAGCCAACAAAUUUAUUUUCUACUCCUUCGCCAGUUGUCCAGAACUCUACUACUAUGUUACCAUCCGAAACUAGACGUCGUAAAAAUCGAUCUGCUAUUUGGAAUGACUUCAAGCUAGAUAUUAACUCCAAAAAUAUAGUUAUAUGCAACCAUUAUGAUAAGAAGCUCAAGUAUAAUGGGACGAGUUCGAUGAUAACACAUUCUAAGAUUUGCAAGAGCAACCCAAAUAAUGAUUUUAACAAGAGGCAACGAACACUUACACCCUCAAUGAAUAGUGAAGGCCAUGCUCUUUCUUCCCCUUCAGUUUCAAGGUUUGAUCAAGAGAAAUUGCGGCAUUUACUCGUGAAAGUGUUUGUAGACUUGGAGUUACCUUUCACAAAAGUGGAGCAUCCAGAUUUUCAUGAAUUUGUAAAUGGCUUGAAUCUAAAAUUCAAUAAUAUAUCGCGUACUACACUUGCACGUGAUAUUUUGUUGCUAUGGGAUGCAAAAAAGGAAAAAAUUGAAACUUUCUAG